AUGAAGCAGAAUAAGGAGAAACCAUGUCAAAAUAAUAUAACAAAACUCAAUACGGAUAUUGAAAAGAAAUCAUCGAUGAGUAGUCUCAUAAUAUGGAAUAUUACGAAGGCCCUCGAAAUUAAUCCAGAUCUUAAUUUAAAGAAAGCUUUAGUUACCGCUCAGGAGCGUUUAGAUCAGAAUCCUAGAGAAGUGAAUAUGUUCUUGUCUGAGGACCCUGAAGGUCGUCACCUCGCGUGCGCUCUUCUCGCCUGGCAACGGCUCGGGCACCGCGGCGGCGACAGCCUCCACCAAUUCUAUGAAACUAGAAAAACUGAAGAAAAUGAAGCGAAUUGCAGAAAAAAACACUGUGUAAAUGAAGUAAAUUUAUCGACGGAAACCGCUAAUAUUGGAAGUAAUUUAAAUUAUUAUGAACCGCAGAAUGAAUUUAGGUAUUCGGCUAUUAAAAAUGAGAAGUUAGCAUAUUCGUCGUCGCCUGUUGGUCCUGUUAUUAAAUUGCCUGUUCAGACCAAGAUAGUUAUGAGGCUGGAGAACACAUCGACGACUGCACGACAGUCAAAUGCGAAAGAAAAGUCGAAGGAACAAGAGAAAGAUAUCAUGACCAAAAUCGACGCUGCUUGUUGCUUAGACUCUGGUUGCGCGGAACGCUUAGCGGCAAUGGAAGCUACGACGAAUGAGCUUAGAACGCGCGCAAUUAAAUUAGCGCGACGCGAGGCCGAACGCGUGGAAUUACUCGAACGCGCAGAAGCAGCUUGGAAGGACUUAGAACUGGGUUAUGAGAGGCGAUUGACGCUUGCGGAAGAGAAGGAAGAAGAUUUGACUAAACAGAUAAAAAAAAUCAUAGAAGAUCGGAACGGGUAUAAGAACGAUUGUACGACGAUGGCCGAACAAUUAAAAUGUAAAGUGGAAGCGGCUGAAAAGGAUCGCUCGCGUCUUAAAGAUGUAGAAAAAGAAAUCAACAGUCGCGCUUGUAUCCGUUUGAAGCUUAGUGAAGAAAUGGCACGAGGUGAUGCAGUACUCGCAGAUGCACAGUGUAAGUCGGCGCAGCUCACCAGGGACCUUAGAUUUAAAGAAGAGCAAGUACGACGAAAACUAUCCACAAUUUCAAGUGACGCGGAAUCUGCCAGAGCACUUGCUAUAGAAGCAGAGCGUGCUAUGCGCGAUGAACUAGGCGCUUUACGUGAUCAAAUGACGAAUGUAUCCACUCAACUUUUGGAGGAAGAUGCUGAAAAUUGCAGGAUAAAAAAUGAGCUGGAACAGUUGCGUCAAACAAAACUAGAGAUGGUGGAAGAUCUAGAAGGUUGUAAAAUUAUGUGCGAUGAUCGGAUGCAGGGGAAGCUAGAUGAGUUGAAGUCUAAGAAAGAAGAACUCAAGAAGCUAAGGGAAAAAGUUAUCGAUUGUCAAUGUAAAUUACCGAUUGAUGUAACUGUCGAAGUGAAGCGAACUCCCUCUCUAGCUGCCACGUGCAGCUGUUCCCCUGACAAAAUGACGGACUCAUGUUCCUGCACGUCACUCCGCAGCAAGCUAUUUUCGAAUUUAUUGUCGGACUUAUUUCGAGGAUUACAAGAAGAGCUUGGAGAUAUAGGUUCGCAAAUGCCGUGCCAGUUACUGAAGUGCUUAGAAGACAAAUAUAACUGGGAUAAAUCUAGUGUAGUAAAAACUAACAUUAAAAAUUAUUUCUCGACUCUGCUCACUGGCGAGCUGGAUAUUGCCAUAGGAACGUCUAUCGAAAAGUAUCAUGCUCAGUGGGUCGGUGCUUCGUGUGUUGAUGAAGCCAAGUUAACCAUGGAAACUGAAGAUACGAAUGAAAGUUGGCAGCAGCACGCUAUAGAAUGUCGCGCACAGAAAUUAGCCACGCAACUUGCAGAACAACUGUUUCAACAACAGGCUGACCAGAUUGUACAACAAGCAAGGGAUAUUGUCAAAUCUGGCCACCCUUGUGACUGCAAACCGCCAUCAGUUGCAUACCCUUGCGUGGUGAACGAAGCGCCUUUUGACGGCGAAAGAUUAGACGAUACUACGAGAGAAUUGAAUCGAUUUGUUAGACAAGACCUCACUCAAUAUAGAGUCCAGUUAGAAGAUCACAAGAAGGUAAGACCCAGUGAUCGCGCUGUACUCUCCAAUAAUGAAAAUAGUCGCUUGAAUAAUAAUAAACCGUAUUUAAACGCAACAUAUGAUGGACACAAUGAAAACAGAAGCUUUAAUACUGUUAAGAAAACGGCUGUGGUGGAAAAUAAGUUAUCUAAAGCUCGAUCUAAAAAUAUAUCUUCGACAUCCCGUAAUUAUAAUGAAAAACAGGAUAAAUUUCAAAAAAAUAUUGAAAAAGUGAACAAUUCAUUUGCUGUGAAUUUAUGUCUCUGUGAUACUGAUAAAAAAGAUAGUAGCAAAGUUAAUCAUCGCGGUAAUGCGCAACGAAUGGCUUUGAACAAGGAUAAAGUGAAAGUGAAACAAAAAGUCCAAAGAGAUUCAAAAGAUUUUGUUGCACCUCAAAUUUCAAGUAUCAAACAAACAAAACCCAUAAACACAAUUACAUCUUCACCUGUAAUUGAUAAACUCAAGAAAAACGGAACAUCACCGAUACAUCGCUCGUGUCAAAGUGGUUGCGUCUGUUUACAUAAGAUUCCAUCAAAUACAUCAAUAGACGCUUUGUUGAAAACUCUGGCUACAUAUAAAAACGAACUAAAUACUUCCGAAAAAGUUGUUGAACAAAAUGUAGAAAGUGUAUCCUCCCCAGUAAAGUCAACUACUAAGACGAGUUUUGACAGUAAAAACAAGAAAGAUUCAGGUUCUAAGCUCGAUGAAGUAGAAGAGAAAGAAGAAAUUAUUAUAAGCAAGUCUUCGACGAUUCCGAAAGCUACUGAGUCUGAGUUUAUGGGCACAAUAAACUAUGAAAAAUCUUGUAAAUGUAUUCCAAGCGAUUUUAUUGAUAGAGAAAAUCUAGAAGUUGAAGGGAACAAUACUUUAAGAUCUAACUAUAAAUGCGUCAAUAGUGCAGAAUGUCAAUGUGGAAAAACUAUACAAUCAGAUAAAAUUACUAGUGAACAACAAACAAUGCCAAAGCAGAUAAAUGAUCUCUGUAGUUUUACUCAAACUAACAAAACUCAAUCAGAAAAGUCAGUACAGAACCUGGUUUCAGAGAAGAAAUUCAAUAUUGAAACAAAGUCUAAUAGUAAUGGUACCCCUGAAGACGUUCCAUGUGUUUGUAAGUUUUCAAUAAACUUACUUGGAGUUACAUUAACAGAUACUACGUCUAAGGAUGAAAAUAAAGUAACUUCUGGUAAUAAUGAACAAAAACAUGUAUUUAAUUCUUCAAACUUCCAAGAAACAACUCAGCCUGUUCAUGACCCUGAAACAGUAUCGACUAAAAUAUUCAACAUGAACUGCCAAGACGCUGUUACUAAUAUAUGUCAUGAAAUAAAUUUAAAAGAGGAUAAUAUUCCAAUAAAUGAAAACAUGAACCAAACUAACGACGACGCAAUUGCUAUCAAAGAAAAACAAAAAGAAAGUUCGUCUCUUUGUUCAUCAAAUACUACCAACAUUGAUUCCAGAGACUUGGAAGAAAAUACUUUUUUUUUACUGGAAAAAUAUUUAAGGAAAAAGUUGCAAGAGUUUAAAGCUACUUGUGAAACUGACAGCAUUCCAUUCCAGGAAGAAGAAAAAAUUAUGUUGAAAAUACUUAAAAAAAUUAAAGAAACCAUAUCUGAGGCAGAGUGCAAAAUUUCUUGCACGUGUUCGGCGGGUGAACCGCCGGAAGGAAGCUGGGACAGAGCAUACAGUCUCUUACAAGAAUACAUAAAGGCAAAAAUGAAACGAGCUCAAUGUACUUGUGCUUUAGAUAAAGGUACAACUAAGACAACUUGUAUGGAUGGACUUUUAACUAGAAUCUCUAGUUUAAUAGAAUACGAUUUUAGACGAAUACAAGAAUUAUAUAAAAAUAAAAGUGAUAGAAAAAUAGGUGAAGAUAUUCCUGAAAAAGACACAAAUCACCCUAUGAUCCAAAAAUAUAAAAAAAGCAUUGAAGUAACGAAAUCUGAUCGAUUGGGAUUAAAAACUGAAACUAACACGAUGUCAUGUCAAGCGUUCAUAGUAAACGACAAAAAAAUGGUAGAAAGUGCUACCAAAGCGGUGCAAAUUAGCAAAAUGAGCAACAAUAAUAUAUCUAAGUUAGUUGGGUUUGACCUGGAUGAAGAAAAUUUUAGUAGAUCUAUAUCUGGUAACUUAACCUCUAUAGGUAAAGUUUUGGAAUUACUCGUAGAUAAAGUUUUACCUAAUGAAUCUAAAAAUAUAUUACAAAACAAGGCUAAUACUUAUACUUUCCAGCCUGACAGCCAGACAGUCGAUAAAGAUCAAAAUAAUGCUUUAAACUAUAAUCAAAACAUAGUCAAUGUUGUUGGUAAAAAUACGUCUAACAAAUUAACUGAUUCUGUAGAACCGUUGCCUUACAUAGGUUGUACCAUUGACUGUGUUUGCGACAAAAAUAUUGGAUCCUGCAUAUGCAUAAAAUCUGCUGUUAAACAGAAUACGAGUAAGAUUGCAGACCUGUGGAGUACAUUUCUGCGCGAAAACAAUAAAUACGUAUUGGAUAGUACACGCUUGAUGGACAACAUGCUCUCGCGUGUUUAUUCCGGUAAAGACAAACAAGUAUUUGACCUUGAAAGAUCUGAGGAAGAACAACAACAACUAAUGAAGAAAGAAGAGCAAGCUUGUGAAACCAUGACUGAUGCACCUAGUGUAGACAAUAUAAUUUUAAAAGUGUCUACUGAAGUUUGUAAUGUUGCCGUAAAUUUCAAUGAGAUGACAAAUACAUUUGAUGACAGUGAUACUUUAGAAACUUGUUUAUCAGAUAAUGAUAUAGAAGAAUGGUCUGAAGCUCAACCUUCAUUUAAGCUUCAGAAAUCAUUUGAUAAAACCAAAUCACAGUUACAUUCGGAAAUUCACGAAAUUGUGGAGUUAAAAAAUGACACUACCGGAUUAACAUCUGGAAUUUGUGAUUGUAAUAAAGUUCCCGUCUGUCACGUGAAGUUGCUUGUUGACAAUAUUGAGCAAAAAUUAAUGCAGUCAGAAUGCACUUGCGAUUCCUUGUCUUCUAACGUGUGCCCAGUACAUUCUUUAAAAUAUUUUUGAUCUAC